CUACCUGGAAUUUUUGGAGCCCACAUAAGUGAUGAAGAUGUGGUUCAUGAACAUUAUGAUGCUUCUCUUUUUCUGCUUUGAAUCCUCAACUGGCAAUGUCACAGUGCAAUUUAACUCCAGGAAUUUCAAUAACAUACUCCACUGGGAUCCUGCAAAGAGUGAUUUUCCAGGGCAAAGGUUACUCUAUAGUGUCAAGUACAAGAAUGAUGAUAGCGAUCAGUCAUACAAGAUAAAAGACGAGUGUCAGAAUAUCACCGUCCUGUACUGUGACCUGACGGCAGAAACGCCCUUUGUUUAUGAUGUUUCUUACCACGCUAAGGUGUUGGUUAAUGGCAGAGCUCACGGUUCCACUGAGACAAGGUUUAAACCUUCAGAACACACUAUUUUUGGUCCACCCAUCUUGUCUACAUCCACAACAGAGUUGUCUCUGUUUGUUAAUGUCACCUUGCCUGUGGGACCAAAUGGAGUCUCCAUUGCAGACAUCAUCAUUAACGGCAGAAAAGGGCUAUUCGAGACUAAAUUUAUCUAUACCUUGAAUUUAUACUACCCAGAUUGGGCUACAGCGCACUUUGAGAGCCACACUGGCCAGUUCAGCAUCGACUUAAAGAAGAAGUCUAAAUACUGCGGCACAGUCAUCUACAAACCAUCUUCUGACUGGGGUCGCCCGAGCAGUGAGAGCGCCUCCUUCUGUGUAACACUGCCAGAAAAUCCGUGGAUGCUUCUGCGAUGGCUUCUCUUGAUUGCGGCUGGUGUGGUUGCCUUAGUCAUAGUAUCAGCUGUGUGUACGUGCAAAUAUGUGAAAGGUGGAAAGUCAAAGAGCAUGACACAAGCACUGGAGGUAACCACUUCUGAAACCCCUAAGAUACUGCAGGAUCCAGAUAGAACUCUCAUAAUUUCUCAAGUCGAGGUAUGCCCUCACAUGGAUGAAAUAGUUUAUGCCAAAAUCCAGAUGAAUAAAAAUGGGCCUUCAGUUUGGAAUGGAGGCUAUUCCCCCCAGGACAUCCCUUUCCCUCCCUGGCAAGACCACACUGGCUCCUCUGUGGACACAGGAACACGCAGAACUCCAAAUUCUGAGGACACAAGUGCCCAGUCCUCUGACAUCUACAGUUCUGUGGCUGUUCUACCUAAAGAGAAUGAUGACAUUCAGGAGGCUGUCACUGAACGUGAAAGACCAUUACCGGAUGCUGAUUCUUGUGACACCAACCCAGAUGGGAAGCUGCUGCUGCACACAGUGCGGGAUAUCAAUGGAAAACUCAUGUUGCCUUUCCUCAAUUUUCAGUCACAGAGCAGCAAUAGUGAUGCAACAUGCCUGUCAAACAAAGAGAGAAAACCUCUCCUAUCAGACCUCAUACCCUCUAUGGAUGAGUCAUCGUUAGCUUCCUUGCUCAGCUUAAAUAGCUCAGAGUGGUCCGAUUCUGGAUGUGACGAUAGCUCUUCAACGACACCGACCCACUCAUACUGCACCACCCGUUUUUCUCCAUCUCAACCACUUAUUCCAGAUUCUGACAAGGAAUGUGAGACUACACUAUCGAGUGAUGUCUCAUUUGAAUCAGGAUACAAGCAAAACUGGAUGCCUGAAUUAUGUAGCGGACCUUCUAUUAUAGACAGUUGCAAAAGGACAAACUACAUGUGGACCUGCAAUGGCUCCAAAAUGGAAGACGACGACAAUGAGGAAGUUGAAGACCAGGGAGAAGAAGAGAAAUCAAGACCAAUUUUCCUGGGAAGUUGGACAAUAAGAAUUCAAGAAUAAUAGACUUUGAUUGACCCCUAACCCCCACCCACACAUCCCGGUCCUUGAAUAACUAUAGAGAACAUUUCUCUGGUUUUUUGACGGGAGGACUGACAGUACUUUGGAGGCAGAACUCCAGUAGAUGGGUGGGUUAGCAACACACUGUGUUGUUCAAGAUGGAGAACUGCCUCUGAAUUGUUAAGUACAUUUCACUCCUAUGCGUGGCAUAUUUUCCUGUUUGUAUCGUAUAUUUUUGUAUAUUUUUAUUUAUUAUCUGACAAUUGCAAAAUAUUGGUAGAAACUAACUGGGUUUACAUUUAAAAGCCUGGGUGCAUUUGCUGUUUAUAAAUUCUACAAAUUCUUUGUCACUGUCACUUUUUAGCCAAAAAACCCACUUAAAAAAAAACAAAAAACAAAAAACAACAACAUAAUUUGCAUUUUAUAUGAGGUUAAACAGCCAAAGUUUACCUCCUUCCAAACUAAUAACAUCUGUUCUGAAUAUGUCAUUGUGUAAUGUCUAAAGUGAAGUGAAUAGGUGUCAACACACAUCUAAUUUCUUAGGGAAUUCAUAGCAUAUCUCACAUUUUAUGUAAUGGGCAACAAAAAGAAAAAGUUGCACACUAUUAAUAACUCCCAAAACUCUAAUGACACAUCACAAGCAUGCGUGUUUGUGUGUUAUCUCUUUGACAACAUGUUGCAACUUAUUACAAACCCUAAAUACAUAAAUCCAGUCUGGUCAUUUUUAAAUUACAAUGUGGGCGAUCAGCCUUAAAGAUUAGAUGGGAAAACAAAUGCGAUUGCAUAGUGGCUGAACACAGCAGCAGACUGAGCCCGACACUUAUUGUCACAUAUUGAGGUGUUUAAAAUGGGAGUAAAAUGACUGAAUGUCUGCAGGACAACAAUAUAUUCAAUUUCUUUUCUCAUCAGCAUGUUUCAGUGUUAACAGAUUUACAAUUCAUGAAAUGGCUACAUUUAUGUAUAUAAAAAGAAAUGGUGUUUUUCAUCGCAAUGUUUACGAACUCAAUGUUUGCUGUUCUUCCAGCAGAAGGAAACAGACGGUAUCACAUAUAUUAGAAGGUGGCGUUGGUUUCCACGCACGCCAUGUAGAUAACACUGAGGCUUUUAAUAGCGUCAGUGCAGACUUUUAAAUACACCUAUAAAGUAAUAAUGUCAGGUGUGUUGAAACCAUGUGAUGUGAGUCACAUGUGAACUUUGUACAGCACAUUUUAGACGUCUGUUUUAUAACAGAUGAUAUAUAAUCUGUCUGUGUUCUUUAUUUACACUUUGUAAAUUUCCACUUACUGUUUAUGUUGGAAGUUCAUCUUUGCAAGUCUGAGUAGCAUUAAGAGAUAAGAGUUUAAUAACAACCAUUGAGUAACAUGUUCUACAGUAAAAUUUGUGAAAGUGUCAUUUUCAGUUUUGAGUUAUUACUGGAAAUUAUUAAAAUGUCUAUAUACUGGAGAACUUCCUUAGAAACUGUUGCAGUGUGAGUGUAGCAGAGACACAGUUCUGUAUGCAAGCUUGAUUGGGAAAACUCUGAACAUAUUCUGAAGAAAUGUCUAAGAAAUGUUUUGAUUAAUGGGCAUUCACUAACCAAAAUAUCGGUUAGACAGUGCUUAUGUGAAAAAACCAUGCC